UACAGAAAGCCCUUCAAGCUGAGCUGGCUGCUGCGAGUUCCUGUUGACGACUUUAUCUGAGUGGGAUCCGUCUCUAAACACAGGAAGGUUAAUACACGAGUGGAAAGCACGCUGCACUAGUUCGCUAUCCUCAUUUCACACCCGUCGAGGUUGACUUUGAACAAAAGAAGCGGCUCUAUAUCUGCACAAUCGACGCCGACAUGGACCCCGCCAGUCAAGAUAUCAACCUGAACUCUCCUAACAAGGGCCUUGUUGUGGAUCGUUCAGACAGCCUGUCCGACGUGCCAGUGGAGGGAGUGAUGGAGGGGCCGGUGGAGGGGGCGGUGGGGAACGCAGCCAACCCUCUUCCACCUGGCCUGACGGAGGAAGAGGCUGAGGAGCUCCGCACAGAGCUCACCAAGGUGGAGGAGGAGAUCAACACUCUGCGCCAGGUUUUGUCGGCCAAAGAGAGACACGCCACAGAGCUGAAGAGGAAACUCGGCCUCAGCCCGCUCAACGAACUCAGGCAAAACUUCACCAAGGGCUGGCAAGACGUACAGACCUCCAACGCAUAUCUGUCUGCCUCAGCCACUUUGGAAGACAUUUCCCGAUCUGAAGCAUACAAGAAGACUCAAGAGACUCUUUCCCAGGCGGGACAGAAGACCAGUGCGGCGUUAACCACAGUGGGCACUGUCAUCAGCAAGAGACUGGGUGACAUGAGGAACUCUGCGACCUUCAAGUCAUUUGAGGAUAAAAUGGGGAACCUGAAGUACAAGGUUGCUGGUCCCAGAGGGAACGGGGAGGCCGCCAGCUCCCCCACUGACACCACCCCCACUCAGGAGAACCCGUCUUUCUGAAUGCAUCCUUCCUUCUCCUCCUCGCUGCCAACUUCCUCACGACCUGAGACUGUACUGUUAAUCACCUCCCAUCGCAGAGUCAGCCCUGACCUUUGACCCUCCACCUCACCAGCUCGCCAUAGCUCACAUUUUGCCUCAAGUCCUGGAGAAGCACACAGGCGGAGGUGAAUAACUUGUUGGUUUGAGGUGGGAUGAGCUUUUCCCGUCACUGCUGGUUACCACAGCUUCCAUUCUUCUGCCUUGCUGCUGAGGAAAAGGAAAAAUGUUUUGUUGAUGUCUAAACCUGAAUAAUUUACAGAGCGUGCUUUGUUACAUCACCACCCCCUGCCUCUACUUCCUCCCCAGUUAGACCUACCCCCCUUUGUUAGUCCAAAUAUGUCAACGCUGUUGUCUCCUGCACUUUUCAGACAGCUUUUUUGAACAGGUUGUUACCGUUUCAGCAAAUCACCUGGCUAAAAAAAAAAAAAAAA